CCCCUAAAUUGCAGUGAAAAAAAAUGGAAGGACAAGUUUGUUGUGGCAGUUUUCUUCAAAGGUGUAAGCCUUAUAUUGCCAUGAUAUCUCUGCAAUUCGGCUAUGCCGGGAUGAAUAUCAUUACCAAGGUUUCUCUAAACCGAGGAAUGAGCCAUUACGUUUUGGUCGUUUAUAGGCAUGCCUUCGCUACUGCAGUCAUUGCUCCUUUUGCUCUCGUUCUUGAGAGGAAAGUGAGGCCAAAGAUUACAUUCACCAUUUUCCUGCAACUCUUCGUGCUGGGUUUACUUGGGCCUGUUAUAGACCAAAAUUUCUACUACGCCGGGUUGAAGUUCACAUCCCCCACUUUCUCUUGCGCCAUGAGUAAUAUGCUGCCUGCAAUGACAUUUGUCAUGGCACUUCUCUGCAGGAUGGAGAAGGUGGACUUCAAGAAAGUUAGAUGCCAAGCUAAAGUUGUGGGAACACUAGUGACUGUGGCUGGAGCUAUGUUGAUGACAUUAUACAAAGGCCAUGUCGUUAAUAUGAUUUGGUCAGUCGGCAUCCAUGCUCACACAUCCUCUGCCGCUGAAGCUACUGGUUCUUCUGACAAAGACUGGUUUAAGGGCUCCAUUCUCUUAAUCUUGGCGACACUCGCUUGGGCCGCAUUUUUCAUUCUCCAGGCAGUGACAUUGAGGAAAUACACGGCGCAACUCUCACUCACAGCGCUUGUGUGCUUUCUGGGAACAUUACAGUCCAUUGCUGUUACCUUUGUUAUGGAGCACAAGCCCUCUGCGUGGGCAAUUGGCUGGGACAUGAAUCUUCUAGCUGCUGCAUACGCUGGUAUUGUUUCAUCAAGCAUUGCAUACUAUGUUCAAGGGCUGGUUAUGCAGAAAAGAGGUCCUGUUUUUGCGACGGCUUUCAGCCCUCUGAUGAUGAUAAUUGUGGCAAUCAUGGGCUCGUUUAUUCUGGCUGAGAAAAUUUAUGUUGGAGGAGUUCUUGGGGCUGUUCUGAUCGUCAUGGGACUUUACGCUGUUUUGUGGGGCAAAUACAAGGAGUACAAAGAAAAUAAAGCCGAGACAAUUCCUGAAGCCAUUAAGGAAUGUGGAGAAACUAAUGGCCACACUCCCACAAAUAUGGUUGCUGAUUCUGAACCCAAUGACAUCGAAAUGCAAAAGCCUGCCAUUACUACGGCUUAAUUAAUUGACAGUGAUAAUCAGUCAAUAAUUAUUAAGAAAAAGAGGAAUAAUAGUGCGAUUAACUAAAAAGUGGCUGGAAAGGAGAAAAUGACAGACUUUUUUAUGUAUUUUCCUUUUUUUAUUUUUCGAGUUUAAUUAUGCAGUCUUUUUGUAAUCUUCCAUGUAAGCUAAUUUUCUGUGAAAAUGAAGAAUCCUGUUCUUGUUUUA